UUGUUUCGUAUAUUCUAUAUGUCUGAAAUAGUCUGAAUACGAAUGUUUCUGAACGACAAAAAUCACGGGAACAGCAAGUUGUAUUAUGGCGGCAAAUUUAAAAAUCGUUUGAGAACCAUUGUAUCUUUCUGUGUUCAUAGGUCUUUCUCUAUUUCUCUGUUAAUAGGUAUUGAAAGUUAAAUUAAGUACAAUUUGAAUAAUUUCUACACAAUAUUUGAACAAUGUUUUGUGAAAACGAAAGUGUCGAGUCAAUAAAAUCGAAACUGAAAUCUGUAACUAAACAAAAAUUGGCAAAAGAAAGAGAGGUUUUAAAACUGCGGAAUAAAGAACGAUCGCUUAUUGAAGAGCUUAACACAACGAGAGCUGAAGGAGAUUACAUAACAGAGCAAAUAGAGGUAGUAAAAAACCAGAUUACUCAGAGCAGGCACCAGAUAUCAAUGAUUGAUAUUUGCACGGUAUCUGAAGAUUUGAAAAUAGAAACACAUAAGUCUACCAUGAACGCACAUUUGGCAGGUUUUCAAGAAAUGUUUGAUAAAGAGCAGAGAGAAGUUGAAUAUCGUAUAAAACAACAAAAAGACAAGGAGGCUGAACUUCUUGAGCUACAACGGCAGAAGGAAUGUCAGAUCGCCGAGGAAAAAGCGAGGCAACAGCGGGAGGCGGCGGCCAUUGAAGAGGAAUGCGCUGCGAUUGAACGGGAGUGCGCUGUGCUUAAAAAAAGAAACACCGCAAUAAUGCUGAAGUUACGAAAAAGAUUACUGGAGGCUGAAAAUACAAGACGUGAAGUUAUGAAGCGUAAUUCGCAAAUACAACAGGGAAACUAAGAAAUAAUUAUACAAUGCUUGUUGAUACACCUUAUUCACAAUAAAAAAUACACCAAAAAUUUAAUAAGUUACGUUUUAUUGAUUUUAAAUUCAGAACACUCAUAAUCGAAUAACAUUCAGAAAUGUCUAAAUAACAAUUAUAAUAAUUAGAAAAAAAAUUGAAAUUGACCAUCAAUAAACAUUUAAAAGAAAUUAAGCCAAGGGCCACUUUUCCCCCACAACUGGAUGUUUUGAUAUAAAAUGUAGGUUGCAUUAUUAUA